AUGGAGCAGCUCGCCCAGUUCGUCUCGAAGAGUUUCGACACAGCGAGCCUGCCGAACUGCGGCGAGCACACCUGCCGAACCGCGGACAGGCCACCGUCGUCCACGAGGAUCACGCUCAGUGUCGCGCAUCUACUGGGUGAUCCGGCGGAGAACGAUGGCAAUGCCGGCUCGUCGGCCCGCGAAUCCGCACAGGAGCAGCCGUCGAGCAUCGACGGUAGCAGCGUCGAGGAGCCGCCGCCGUCGCCGGAAGCCCGCCUUCAACCGGAAGACCUCUCCGUCACGACCAAGACUAAGGAGAUCAAAGACACACCGAACACCGUCGAGAGCCUGCCGCCACUCAAGACACCCGAGCUGAAGCUGUCUGUAAGAAAAUUGCUGGGUUGCAGUCCAUCGCCACCCCCUAUAUCGAGGGAUCGAACACCGAGCCCGGAGAACUGCGUCGAGGUGAAAGGUCAGGCCGUCCAUGGGGACGCAAAGACGGAUCUGAAGCUGCCGUUGCAGGUCUCGCGGUCGUUGAUCCAGGGACAGGAAGAAGCUGCGAAAGGUGCCAACUGUCGGAACAACGGGACGGGAAACGGCAAGCAGAGAAGAUCACGAACGAACUUCACGUUGGAGCAGCUGGCCGAAUUGGAGAGGUUGUUCGACGAGACACACUAUCCGGACGCGUUCAUGAGGGAGGAACUCAGCCAGCGACUCGGGUUGAGCGAGGCGAGGGUUCAAGUUUGGUUCCAGAACCGACGGGCGAAGUGUCGGAAACACGAGAGUCAAUUGCACAAAGGGGUAGCAGGUGGAUUGGUGCUGGCACCACGCAGCCCCCCGAACAGCCUGGAGCCCUGUCGUGUGGCGCCCUAUUUACCAGCCCUGAGGCUACACCCCCCGAUGCAGGGUGCAGGUGGAAACGUGACCGCCGCAGCGGGUUCGGCGUUCGAUCCAGCGGUCCUCCAUUACGCGGCGGCCGGCGGAUUGUUCUGUCUGCCCCCACCCCCGCCGCCGCCGCCGACUUCCGGUCAUCCUCAUCCACAUCCGCUGAGUCUGGCGGCGUCGUUGGCGGCGGCCGCGGCACGUUCGAAGAACAGCAGCAUCGCGGAUCUAAGGCUGAAAGCCAGGCGACACCAGGAGGCGUUGGGUCUCGACAGGCCCGCGUAA